UCUUUUCCAAAACCAACAAUAAUAUCAACUCCCCGCUCCUCCUCUCACAGCACCCUCCUCUAAUUUGACCGUUGCAAAUCUUCUUCCACACACAAAAAGAAAGCAGCAAAACCCCACCAAAACCUCCCCAUUGAAAAAGCCCUCUCUCUUUGCUUCAGCAGAGAGAGGUCUUUUCCUUUUCAAUUUCCCUCUUACCAUAAGCAGAGAACCCAUUACCAUUAAUCACAUUAGCUCAAAAUUAUCAGAGAAAAUUCCACAAGAAAUGGAUUCGCCACCAAGAAGAAAGAGUGGCCUCAACCUCCCUUCUGGGAUGACCGAAACUUCUCUGCGAUUGGAUACUUUUCCAGGUUCUUGUCGAGCUGUAACGUGUGUAUCGUCACCUCGAGCAUUAUCAAGCCUGUCAUCGCCGUCAAAAUCUUCCACUUGUAGUGAUAGAUUCAUACCUUGUAGAUCAUCUUCGAGGCUCCACACUUUUGGGCUUGUAGAGAAGGGGUCUCCUGUUAAAGAAGGAGGCAAUGAGGCCUACUCAAGGUUGUUGAAAUCUGAGCUUUUUGGAUCUGAUUUUUCUUCUUUUUCUUCUCCUGCAGGUGGUCAAGGGGGCUCUGCUUUGAGCAGCCCUAGCAAGAAUAUGUUGAGGUUUAAGACUGAUCACUCGGGUCCUAAUUCUCCAUUCUCUCCUUCAAUCUUGGGGUUUGAUAAUGGGAUCUCUAGUGAGGCUUCUACGCCUCCUAAGCCACCACGAAAAGUCCCCAAGACACCUCAUAAGGUUUUAGAUGCCCCAUCACUUCAAGAUGACUUCUAUUUGAAUCUUGUGGAUUGGUCCUCACAGAAUGUACUUGCUGUAGGGUUGGGUACUUGUGUUUAUUUGUGGACUGCAUCAAAUAGCAAAGUGACAAAGUUGUGUGACCUGGGACCUCAUGACAGUGUGUGCUCUGUGCAAUGGACCCGGGAGGGCUCAUACAUAUCCAUUGGCACUUAUCUUGGUCAAGUUCAGGUAUGGGAUGGAACUCAGUGCAAGAAGGUGCGAACCAUGGCCGGCCAUCAAACGAGAACUGGAGUUUUGGCAUGGAAUUCUCGUAUACUGUCAUCAGGAAGCAGAGACCGAAACAUACUUCAGCAUGAUCUUCGUGUUUCAAAUGACUUUGUUAGCAAGCUUGUUGGUCAUAAAUCUGAGGUGUGUGGCUUAAAAUGGUCUCAUGAUGACAGAGAACUUGCUUCAGGUGGAAAUGAUAAUCAGCUCCUGGUAUGGAACCAGCAUUCUCAGCAGCCAAUUUUAAAACUCACUGAGCACACUGCUGCUGUCAAGGCCAUUGCCUGGUCACCCCAUCAGACCGGUCUUCUUGCAUCUGGAGGUGGAACUGCUGAUCGAUGUAUUCGUUUUUGGAACACAACCAAUGGUCAUCAAUUAAACCAUGUUGACACUGGGAGUCAGGUGUGCAAUCUAGCAUGGAGUAAGAAUGUGAAUGAGGUGGUUAGCACUCAUGGCUACUCCCAGAAUCAAAUUAUGGUGUGGAAAUAUCCAUCAAUGACAAAGGUUGCAACUCUAACUGGCCAUAGCCUGCGAGUACUCUACCUUGCCAUGUCACCCGAUGGUCAGACAAUAGUUACUGGAGCAGGGGAUGAGACCCUACGGUUUUGGAAUAUCUUCCCAUCCGUUAAAACGCCGGCACCAGUCAAAGAUACAGGUCUUUGGUCAUUAGGACGAACUCACAUUCGGUGACAAACCCUAGGCUAACUAACAUCAAGUUAAAUACUGUAAAUGGUGAUACUAAAUAGGGCCAAUGCCACUAUAUAAUGUCAUUUUUUUUUUGUCUCCUGUGUGCCAAAUCAUGUGAGUGGAGAGAGUUGAUUGAUGGCUU